AAAGCCGGAUUUGGGUCCUCGAAACUUUCCUCUAUAUCUUUGCCUUGCCCAGUUGAUCUCCUAACAUUGGCUACCAUUAUCUGCAUCUCUGAGGGAGAGAGAUGCUUGAACGACAGAAAAUUGUCUUUAAUUUGCCUCUACCUCUCUGUUUUGCUCUUGGGUUUCUGUUUUUCUCGGUUGUUUCUUCAGACAUCCCUCUUGGUUCUAAGAUCUCUGUUGCUGUAAACGACUACUGGGUCUCCUCAAAUGGAGAUUUCGCAUUUGGGUUCUUCAACAGCUCUGAUCAGCCUAACCAGUACAGUGCAGGGAUCCUUUUCAAUUCAGACUCUAUUCCUGUGAGCAAACGAACCUUCGUUUGGGUAGUAGCAGGGGCUGAUGGUGCCGUUGGCUGCAAUUCCUAUCUUGAGCUCACCCAAGCUGGAGAUCUGGUUCUGUUUGAUUCGUCGAUGGGAGUCACUGUCUGGACCAGCAACACAAGCCAUUUCUCUGUUGCUUCAGCUGCUCUGCUUGACAAUGGGAACCUUAUCCUUCAGAACAGAGACCAACAAGUCGUUUGGCAAAGCUUCAAGACUCCAUCUGAUACCCUUCUCCCUGGUCAGAAUUUCUCCAUCUCCGAAACUCUCAGAGCUGCAAGCAAGAAUUCCAUCUCCAGUUACUACAGUCUCUCCAUGGAUUCCUCAGGUCAGCUGAGGCUCAGGUGGGAAAGCGCUGUCAUUUACUGGACUGGUGGAAGUGGAACUUCUUCUACUGUGGGCAAUAGAGCUUCCCUCACCUCUAAUGGAGCCCUGCAACUUCUCGACCAAAGGUACAGACCAGUGUGGACAGUUUUUGGAGCAGACCAUAACGAUUCCUCGGUGAGUUUUCGGUUUCUCAGGUUAGAUGUAGAUGGAAAUCUCAGAAUGUAUUCAUGGGUUAAAGCUUCCAGGUCAUGGCUCCCAGUAUGGCAAGCAAUACCUAACCAAUGUGAUGUCUUCGCCACCUGCGGCCUCUGUGGCAUCUGUGUCUUCACUGAAGCAGGAUCCACUAUCUGCAAAUGCCCAUAUGGAUCAAACAAUGAUUCCAAUUCGAAAUGCCUGGCACCCUAUAAGCCGAAAUGUGUAACUGGUAACACCAUGAUCAAGCUUGAACACACUUCCCUCUAUGGCCUCUACCCUCCCAAUGAUUCAAUCACCCACACCAGUUUGGAGCAAUGUAAAACCUCAUGCUUGAAUGAUCCACUCUGCACAUCUGUGACGGUGACAAACGAUGGUACGGCACAAUGCAUAGCAAAGCAGACCAUUUACAUCACAGGCUACUCAUAUCCCUCCCUGAGAUCCAUUUCCUUUGUCAAAAAGUGUUCAGAUGAAGAUCCCAUAGCUGUGUUGCCCCCAAAUACUCCCAAAUCCUCGCCUUCAUCACCACAGUCUUCUCUGUUCAAACGGUCUCGUGGUUACUGCAUUCCUUGUCUGAUCGGAGCAGCAUCAGGCACACUUGGUGCGUUUGUCGUAAUUCAGAUUGGAAUUGGCCUCUGCAUCUUCAUCAGAAGAAGAGCUAUCAAAAAAGCUUCUACUUUAGCUUACAAGGGUCCUCAUUCUCAAGGUUUGAUCGUCUUUUCUUAUACUGAAAUCCAGGAUCUCACAGGGAACUUCAAAAACCGAAUUGGGUCUAAAACGUUUAAGGGUAUGCUUCCAGACAGUAGACCAGUUGCUAUCAAGGAUAUGAGGGCCACCAUUACAGAGAAACAGUUCAGGGGUGUGGUUUCAGUUAUAGGCAAUAUUCACCAUAAAAACCUGGUGAAGCUUGAAGGUUACUGUUGUGAGUCAGGGCACAAAUACUUGGUCUAUGAGUUUGCUAAGAACGGUUCUGUGGAUAAAUGGAUGGAAGAAGCUAAGCCAAGCAAUGGGCUAACAUGGAGUAAGAGAAUGGAGACGUGUUUAGGAGUGGCAAAGGCCAUGGCCUACUUGCACACAGGGUGUAGAGAGUUUGUGAGCCAUGGAAAUCUGAACUGGGAAAAUGUGGUUUUAGAUGAAGAAUUGGUGGUGAAGGUGACUGAAUUCGGGUUAGGGAGGCUAUGUUGUGGCACUAUAGCCAGCACUGGGGCAGCCGGAGAUAUUGGGAGCUUUGGGGAGAUGGUGCUGGUAAUGGUGAGUGGUCAACGAGGGGCUGAGGUUGUCUCUGAGUGGGCAUACAAGGAGUGGGCAGAGGGAAGAGCAGAGGGGGUGGUGGAUGGAAGGAUUGAAGAUGGAGUGAACAGGAAUGAGUUAGAGCGUGCUUUGAGAAUUGCAUUUUGGUGUUUACAACGUGAUGAGCGGAUGAGACCUUCAAUGGGGGAGGUGGUGAUGGUGUUGGAUGGCUCAUCACCCGUUGAUCCUCCACCACCUCCUUUCAUAUGCCACCGGAGAUGGCUGCCGGUGGAAGAAGAGGGCUUAGAAUCAGACCUUGAAACAUAGAACCUGGAGAAGGUAGAAGAUUCUGGUUUUGUUUAUUUUGGAGGCUAACCCAUCUCAGAUGCUUGAAGAUUCAAAUCAGGCUUUGCUUCAAGCUUGAGAGGUCUUUAAA